AUGGGGCGGUGUGCCUGGCUCCUCAUCGCCUUGACUCGACAGGCUUGGGCUGGCGUGUGGAGUUCGUCGCCAGCGCCGUGUCAUGACGACGAGUCCUGCAAGGCACGCUUGGACACCAUCACGUCCAAGCUGGAUGAGCUCAGAGACGAAAUGAGAGGCAAGCACCUCACUCUGCAAGCUUUGGAAGAGAUCCGCGGCGGGAUCCUUUCAGGGAGACGUGUGGAGCUACCGUCAGCGCAGCGGCAGCACCUGGAGAAGGGGAGCCCGCUGAUCAGCGAAGUGACCUUCGAUGCCAGGCACCGCCCCGUCUCGACGAACGUCAGCAGACACUUUCAGUCGCAGCGCGUGAUUGCACCGAACCUAGACGUGCGACACCAUGCGUUUCUCACGCUGAAGCGCUCCACCCCUGGUGCGGCAAAGACCUCCGUUCCGGCUCUCCUGGUGAUUGUGGACGCAGAGUCCAAGCUGUCGAUCUAUUCGCUGGACAAUGAGCCCCUUCUAGACAAGUUCGAUUUGGGGCACGGCGCCGGACGAAGUAUCGUACAGCUCGAGAUGUCUCCGACCCAGGAGAACCACUUCAUCGUCACCGUGGAUGAUGAUGGCAACAUCAGGGUGCACAACAUCAAGAUCGUCGCCAAGAAGCAGAAAGCCGAGGGUGGGAAGGACAAAGACGAGGCAGAGGAGGAGCCCAAGGCGAAGGGGAAGGAUCCCAAGGAGGCUAGAACUCUCAAUGUCACAGCCAGUCUGGCCUCGAGCUUCACGCUGUCACCAGGGGCGCUGGAGGAGGCCCGGAAGCUAACCGUCGUCCUCCCAAUCGAGCGGGGCUCUCAGACUUUCUUUGUGGCUGGAGAUUCCUUGGGUGGACUGUCUGUCUUCUUCCGGAAUGGCACCAUGCGCGGCCGCGUGCGCGUCACCGAAGAUCCGGGCGGUGUCAAGGGCCUCGUGCGAGGGCAGGGUCAGCAGCAAGUGCUGUUCUACAGCUCCCACGCUUUCGGCUUUUUCUCUCCGAGCCAGGUCGACCUACAGUACGCGCCUUGCACGGGCUGGAACUCGCCGCUCGUGGAUCUGGCCAUGGAGCCGGGAUACUCGACUGGCCGGGUGCUCCUGGCCCUGCAGGAUGGGGAUGUGCUCGUGUACGCCACCACCCGGGGCAAGAGCAAGGCAUGCGACCUGGCGCUGAAGUUUCCGCACGUCUCAGUGCUGCCGUUUAAACUCCACAGCUUCCGAGGUCACGUUAUGGCCUUACCGACCCCGCCGGAUGACAUGGAGAAGAAGGACGAGUAUGUCAGGGAGAUCUUCUUCUUCAAUGUGGCCGCCAUGGAAAACGGCUACGGCUCGUCGCCGUCGCGAGCCAUCACCCUUCAGGCCUCCUUCAAGCCCAAGCAGCCGGAGAACUUAGCCCUGCUGGGCCAGCCGACGGCCGGCGCCGGUGCACAGGGAGGAGGAGGUGACAAGGCCAAGUCCCAGAUCGCCAUCCGCUUCAAAGAUAUGCGUGGUGUCGAGGUCUUUGACUUGACUCUGAGAACGCCGCCGCCGCCCAAAGCUGCGCAAGCAGAAGGAGGUGGCAGCUCCAACGGGUGGGAUUUUUCGAGCAUCAUGAGCUGGUUUCCCAAGAUCGGUGUCUUCGGCAUCGCACUGAUUGGCGUGAUCUUCUGGAACAUCAAGAAGGUCACAGGAGGGGGAGGCGGCGGUGGAGGCGCCACUGACCUGCCUACCGAUGACUUCGACGAAGAGCUCUUCAAAGAGAAGCUUCGAGAACGCCGAGCCAAGCCUGGCUCAACCACCGGCGUCGUGCCCGUGAAAAUCGAGGUGUCAGGUAGCAGACUUACUUCCGCACUUCAGUCCACCAUGUCUUGCAAGUGCUACGCCGCCUUGGUGCCUGCGGGCCCCCUGGUCCCUCACACGAUCGAGCGCCGUGCUGUGGGCCCUGACGAUGUUGCCAUUGACAUCAAGUACGCCGGCAUCUGCCACUCAGACGUGCACCAGGCCCGUGAGGAAUGGGGCAGCGCCAUCUUCCCGAUGGUGCCUGGCCACGAGAUCGGUGGCUUCGUCACUGCUGUGGGCCCCAACGUCACCAGCUUCAAGGUGGGUGACAAGGUCGGCGUUGGCUGCAUGGUGGACAGCUGCCGUGAAUGCCAGUCCUGCAAGGAGGGUGAUGAGAACUACUGCGCCACGGGUGCCGUCAUGACCUACAACGGCAAGUACAAGUACAAGCACUGCCUGGAGUACACCGAGGACGGCGGCAAGCCCACCUAUGGUGGCUACGCUCAGAGCAUCGUGGUCGACAAGAACUACGUGUGCCGGAUCCCCGACAACCUGGAUCUUGCUGGUGCCACGCCCCUGCUGUGUGCAGGCAUCACCGUCUACUCGCCGAUGGCUUACAACGGUCUCAAGGCAGGUCAGAAGCUGGGUGUGGCUGGCCUCGGUGGUUUGGGCGCCAUGGCAGUGAUGAUCGGCAAGGCCUGGGGCUGUGAGGUCACGGUCCUGUCGCGCAGCGAGGGCAAGCGCGACGAGGCCAUGAAGGAGCUGAAGGCGGACAAGUUCGUCGUGAUGUCCAACGACUCGGACGUGGAGGCGGCUGCUAGCUCCCUCGACAUGAUCAUCGAUACCAUCGCAGCCAAGCAUGACAUCCCGACAUACCUCAGCUUCUUGAGGCAGAACGGCAAGUUCGUAAUGGUUGGAGUGCCUGCAGAGCCGCUGGACUUCCAUGCCUUCUCCAUCAUCCCCAAGCGCAAGACGAUCACAGGCUCCCUCAUUGGCGGCAUUCGGGAGACGCAGGAGAUGCUGGACUUCUGCGGAAAGCACAACAUCAUCUGCCCCCACGAGCUCAUCAGCGGUGACAAGAUCAGUGAGUCCUACGACCGCGUGGUGAAGUCCGAUGUGAAGUACCGCUUCGUGAUUGACACCUCCACGUUCUGA